AUGCUACAAGCGCCUUCAUCCAUACCCAUAGCUUUUAAACAACGUUCUAAGCAUAAUGAUAUACAAAAUAAAACGGUUAUAAAGAUUAUGGCUGAAAUGAUCACACUUAUCCACACUGAAAAUUCGGGACUUUUUGAGUCUGACGGUAGCUUGACGACAAACGUAACCAAAGCUGCCCAACCGGCAAGACACAGGCAAACAGUCGUCAAGACGGCAAAAAACCUCAAGGUGCUGGUCAGUCGUCUAUUUGUUUUAUGUUCUUUAUCUGGCAUGUUCUUGGAAACGACAAUGCGGGUUUUAAGCUGUUUGAGAGCCUCUGGAGCAAAUUUUCCAAGUGCCAUAAGUAUGAAAACCCAACUUCUAUUACAUGUAAAGCACGAAGAAAUGACUGGCCAUAAUGUUGAGACAAGUUUGAUGCCUGAUCGUAUCAAACUCUGUUUUUUUGAAGGCUUUGCAAACGUUCUCAUGGUACAGAUGAGGGCAAAAAACCAACUGCCGAUUCCAAAUAAUCCGUAUGGUAAUCCAUAG